UCUGUUUUUGCUUUCAGGGAAAGUCCUGGUUUGACUUGAGCCAGAACCCACUUGUUCAUCUUGCUGUUGGUCCAGAGUAUUGGCAAAGCUCUCCUUCAGCACCAUGUUUCAAAGGUGUUGGGUUUCUUCCUACCAGCUUUCUUGACUGUCCAGCUUUGCCACAUCAUACACAGGAUCAGGAUUAAAAUAGCGUGGAUUAUCUUGGGCUUCAUCUCCAGUGAGACAUCUUUAUAUUCAAUUAUCUUGAUGAUCUGUUUUACUUCCUUCACUGAUGUCCUUCUAAGUCUCAGUCUUCUUUUGAUUUCUUGCUUGCAGUCUUGAUUUGAAUUAAUGACUGAGCCAAGGUAUGGGAAAUCUUUAAUGAUUUCAGUUUCUUCAUUAUUGACAGUAAACUCGUGCAAUUCUUCCGUAGUCAUGAGUUUUGUUUUGUUGUUUUUUAAUGUUCAGUUACAAUCCUUCUUUUGCACUUCUUUCACUUUCAUAAUGAAUAAGUUUAUUGCUGCUUUCAAGAAUAUUGUAUCAUCUGCAUAACUUAAAUUGUUGCGGUUUGUCCUGCAGAUUUGCACUACUACUUCCUCUGAUCCCAAAUCAGCUUUUCUAAUGAGAUGAUCUGCGUACAGAUUAAACAGCCAGGUGUUAAGAUACAUCCUUGUCUGAUACCUCUGACUAGAGGAAACCAUUCCCUAUAUUUUGUCCUAACAGUAGCAUCUUUUCCAUGUUCCAGGUUAUUCAUCAGGAUGAUCAAGUGCUAAGGCACACCCAUUUCUUUCAGGUCCUUAGCUUCUGAUCCACACAGUUUAAGGCCUUGGUGCAGUUUUCCAUAUUUGUUGGAUUUUUUAAGGAUUUCCAAUGUUAUGCAGCUUGCAAUAGUUCAACUGAUGCCAUGGAUGCUUUAUUCCUUUUAAGUGCUUUCAGGCAGCUUUCACUUCACUUACCAAUAUUUCAAGUUCUUCCUCAUAAGAUUUCUGUUGAAGUUGUCUGUCAUGGUUUUUUUCUUCUUCCGUAUAGUUCUCCUCUAUAUUGUGUCUGUCUUCUCUUUAUUCCUCUUUAUUUCCUCCUGGUCAGAUAGUCUUUUCCCCUGCUGGUCUUUUAGUAUUCACAAUAAAAGUUUGAAUUUCCCCUUGAUUUCUUGGAUCUUCUGGAAGAGGUCUCUUAUUUAACUUUUCUUGUCUUCUGUUCAUUUGCUCUGGUCACUGUAACCGUUCUUUUUGACUGCUCAUGGUUGAUACUGAAAAGUUGCAUUUAGUAAUCUGACCAUAUUUCUCUCACCUUUUGCUUUUGCUUCUUGCCUGCCUUUAGCAAUUGUCUUACUCUGUCAUUCAUUUAUGGUUUUUUUUUUCUUUUUUCUGCUGAAAUUGUUCUUUUCCCCCUAACAAUGUCUCUGGUUUCAUUAUACAGUCCUUCUGGCUUAUAGUCAGUCGAGUUCAGUACUGCAAAUCUAUUCUUUAUGUGGACUUUACAUUGCUCAGGAAUGUUAUAUAAGUUGUGCUUGGCACUGGUUUGUGAUACUAAGUGGGUAUUGUCAGUACCAGACUCUGCUCCAGGUCUUCUUUUGACAGUGAGAAUACAAUUUCUUCACCUUCUACUUCCAAUUACAUAGUCUAUUUGAUUUCCAUACUGGCUGUGUGCCAAUGUUCAUGUAUACAAGUGUCAGAUCAGUUACCAGAAAUAUGCAUUUCCUCAAUAAACAGAUUGUUGGCUUCACAGAAUACUCUGAGUAGUUCUGUGCUCUGUUGCUGACACCUGGACCAGAUUCCGCCACGGCACGGGGUUCUGCUUAGUUUCCUAUUUUGAUGCUUCAGUCGUCUAUGAUGAUUAGCAUCUCUUGUCUUGCUGUCAGUGUUUUCUUGGAUACCUGCGUGAAAGUUUUUGAUUUCUUCUCUUCAGCAUCUGUUGUUGGAGCAUAGACUUCAAUUAUGUUGAUAGGUUUUGCAAGAAUUCUGUUUGAUAUGAUUCAGUGGGACUUGGCAUUACAGCCACUUACUGCCUCUGCUACAUCUUGCCUCGGAAAAAGAGCAACUCUAUUUCUUCUGCAUUUGUCAUUUCCAGAAUACCAAAUAUAUCCCAGUCCGGUCCAAUUUAGUUCACUCACACCAAGUAUUGCAAUAUUUAAAUAUUCUUUUUCUUGCUUUUGGUUGCCAGUUUGCCUUGACUCAUACUUGCCGCAUUCCAACCAUAUGCAUUGUGCGGCUCUGGACUUUAUUUUUGCCUCUGUGCAUGCCAGCCACUAAACUUCCUUUCCCUUUGAUUGAGUGUAUCUCUAAUGACAAUAUCCAUACUUGUCCCUCUCUCUUCCCUUGUAGCAAGUUGGGUGCAUUUUGACCCGAGAGUCUCAUCUUCUAGCACUAUUUCUUGUUUAAUUUUGUAUUAUUUCAUCAUAGGGUUUUGAAGGUAAGACAAUUCAGAAGUGGUUUACUCCUGCGUAAUACCAGCCAGAGUUAGCUAGCUUGGGCAUCAUUGCCAUUGUCCACCAGUGUCGCCUUCAGUUACUGCUGCUGCUGCCCAGUAGUUGCUCUUCGAAAGUUUCUCUUCCUCCAUCACCACUAGAGAAAUCCUUCUCCUCUGUGGAUACAACCUUGAGUCCUAAAGAUGGUGGGUGCAUCUUACUCUGGUGUCACAGCUUUGACCAGGGGUGGCUAAACUGAGGCCCAGGAGCUGCAUGCAGCUCUUCGAGUUUAUUGUGCGACUCACCACUCACCGCCUGGGGUGCUCUUGUGCACCCACUUGCUGCUCAUCACCCGCUGCCCCACCCGUGGGUGCCUGCUGGCCGCCACUGCCCACGAUUGCUCCCUUGCAGCUCUCAAAACAUCCGGCAUUUACCGUAUGUGGCUUUGCUUGCUAUAGGAUCCAGUUAAUAUGCAUACUUGUUCAGGAAAUGCAUUAGUUUCAAAAUAUGUAACUUGAUUUAAAGUAGUUAUUUAAAUGAAUUCUAUUUGCCUUAGUGAUUUCAAUCAACUCACACUGAGAGAUCAUCAAAGAUAAUGCUGAAAUAUGGCACUAAUAUUUUCAGGAUGUCCCUGUAUCCUUUUGGGGAGUUUAUGUUGGAGUAUUUUUAGAACAUGCUGUGGUCAGGAAACACUGUCAACCUUAUUUUUCACACAUCGAAAGCGGGUGUUUUAUCUAGGACUUUCGUUUUAGGUACAGCCCUCAGUACAGUAUAAAAGAGAAGAGAAAUUUCCAUUAGCAAAUGCUGAUCUCCCUUAUGGGUCAGCAGCUAUGGCUUCAUCUUGAAGGAUGUGAUGUAACAAGGAGUUGGAAGGGUAUCCUUUUCCUUACCUAGUGGUGGACCGAUGCAAGUGCAGCAGUAAUUUGUGUGGCUUGUGCAGUGAACUUGCAGCACUGGACCAAACUGAAUCACAUACCGGGGGGAGGCUGACAAAGAGGGCCUGAUCUGUGUCUGAGAAAGGGUUCAGCAAGAGUGGGGGGUCCCUGGGCCCCAGCCCCUGCUGGAUUACCUCAUCAAAGGCAUUCAGGGGGCUUAGAAGCCUGGGGCUUGAUCUGUUUUUCAGAGGAUGUUUUUAUUGUGGGUUGUAUAUUUAUGCCUAAUUACGUUGUUGAGAUGAAAAGUAUGCCAGUAUAUGAGAACCAGUGGAGCCCUGCUCAGAUUUCAGUGGCAUUAGGCAAUGUUAAAUUACUUAAAACCACAAUGUGAGGACACUUCCUUCUAAUUGCUAUUGUUGCUGCUGCCCUUGUUAUUUCAAAGGAACUAAAUCACCUUUCCCCAACUUGGUGCCCUCCGGAUGCAUUGGCCUGCAACAGUAAGCAUCCCCAGAUGGCAAGGCCAGACUGGCUGGGCUUGAUGGGAGUUAAGGUCUGACACAUGGGCUGCGGGAAAAGACUGAGCUAAAGGACAGAGAGCAUCUCACAACCCAUUUUCUGGAUUUCUGACAAAACCUUCACAUCUGUUGAUCUCCUAGGAAUCAUUUUUGGCAUCUGAAGGGUAAUCACAUUAAACUUUUCCUCACCGAGAUAUAAAAAUAGCCCUUGUUGUUUCUGAACUUUUGCUGACUUCUGUGAAUUUUCUACUGCUGCUUUCUGCAAACUUCAACAUUGCAUUUAUGGAAGUUGAACCAAAGCCAAAAAACACUGAAAAUUGACAGUGCUUCCACUUUGCCUUCUCCACCUGUCGGAGCUGGUAUAACACACUUGGCUUGUUUUCAUGAUCAGUUGCCUUCCAUGAAUAAUCCCUGGACAGAUUCCUUAUAUGUUUUUUGCUUAUGCAGUCAAGGUUCAUAUUAAAUGCAGAAAAAGAAUUAUUCAGAAUUAUUAACCCUAUCAAACAUAGGUAGGUUUGGAAUUCCAUGUGGAAAUCAGUUUCACAGUCUGGCAGGCAGUAUUUCAAGGCAGUUUGGUCCUCUGCCUUUUUACUUGGAAAAUAUAUUCAAUGGGCCCUGCGCACUAAUAUGUGGCCAUAGGUUUGUGACCUGAUACUUCCGUUCCAUGUAGCCUGGGAUGGUUGUAGAGCUUAACUUGAUAAGCAUUGCCCAAUUAUUAUUUUCAGAUUCUCACUUCAGAACCUGAGUUUUGUGGUGAACCAGGGGGUCAGGCAAGGGUGGGAAGGCUCCAGCUUACUUUCAUCACACCUGCAUGAGCUGAAAAUAGCUUGGAGAAUGCAGCUGCCAUGAUGCCCUGUGAUUUUCUCUUCUCACAUCACACAGCGAUACUUCCUUGCCAUCUUUGUUUCUUCUCUCCCGAUUCUGUCCCCUUUUCAGAGCCAUAUUGAGACACAGAUUUUAACAAGUGUUAAGUCAGUGUUCCCCAACCUAAUACCUUCCAGAUGUUUUUGACUACCUGCUCCUAUCACAGCUGGCUAUUGAUUAUGCUGACUGGGACUGAUGUGAGCUGUGCUCCAAAACCUCUGGAGGAAAUCCAUCUGGAGAAGGCUGCGUCAGGCUUCUUGUUUUCUGUUGCAGGCCUGGUCAGUUAAAACUCAACAGGCAUCACAAAGGCACUGCUUAGCAAAGUUGUAUAUAAACCUCUCUUUCCUUGAUUCUUUAUUUACUGUAGUGAUAUAAAAAAACGUAAUAGUUGAUAAUAGAACUGGAAGUCAGGGAGACUAACACAGAGAGGCAAAUCAUUUCUUCUGAAUCCAAAUGCUGGUUUCUGCCUCUGAAUUUCUCUUUACUUCGCAGUGCUAAAUGCAAAUCAAGUGCUUUUACUAUUGGCUUUUUUCAUGGCUUUUCUACGCUUACUGAGUAUGGGGCAAAAUGGAUGGUAGGAGAAGUUCAUAGACGAAAGUGGCUUGUUUAGGCUUCUGCCAGCUUUCCUGAUUUAUCAGCAAAUACAUAUAAUCAAAGACAAACAUUUAACAAUGAAAGUGCCUUUGUCCACUGCAGUAGUUAAGUGCAUGAUGGUUUGGUUAUUUUUGAAGAAAUAUUAAUUUUGGGAGCUGGGCUACUGGAGCAGGGAAGUUGGAGGGAGGGAAAGGAAAGACCUGUGGGUUUAGCCCUUAUAUGCUGGGAUGAAAAUACGCUCAGAAGUAACAUGCUCCUGCAGUUGUUUGGUGGUCAGGGAAAGGCAAGUGGCACAUAUUCUGGGGUACUUUUAAUUCUCCAUUUCAGGGCUUAGCCCUGGUAUUGAAGAACUGACUCCCGGAUUGAGGCCUGUUGAGUCUUGGCACAAAUUAAAUAAAAAGGGGGAGAAAAUGGGAAGAGUUUGCCUGUAAGAUAAAAGAGGAGGAGGGAGUGUUGUGGAGAAGGAUGUUUUGUGUAUGUGAAGGACAAGUAAGCAAUGGGUUAUCUGCCAAAGAACCCCUUCUCAGGUUGUAAUUUGCUGACAGUAAAGUUAGAGUUAAGUCCUUAUUUUCUAGCUAGAAGGGUGCUAGAGUUCCAGUCUAUGUGUGGGAUAUGUUAUCCUUCUAUAAGCCUUGCUUUUCAAUAUGUUUUUAUUAAUUUCUUUUUCAAAAUAAAGAUAGAUUCAAAUAAGGAAAUUAUGAAAAAUAUCAAUAAUACAUAUUUAAUUUUGUAUUUUGAUUCUCAAUAUUCCAAACCUAUCUAAUCUAUCUCAAUAUCAUAUAAUAAUCUGUAUUUUCUCUUUCCAUGUAACAAGAUAUCCAAUAAAGUAGAUUACUGUACCUUAAUGUGGACCUUAAUAUGGACAUUACUAUUGAGUACCAUUGUACAGACCAUUGCACAGUCAAAACUUUUGUUCUGUUAGUCUUACAGCAUUUGUAAGUCUUGAGACGUACACCAUAUUCCGUACUCUUGCUGCCCAGUCUCUUUGAAAAAGGGCUACAGAUGAAUAUUCCCGGGAAUCCUCCAUAGCAGAAGAGUGGGGCUUGUAGCAGAGGGGCUGACUUCCUUUAACCUCUGUUCUCCGCACUCCCUGCACACUACAGAGCUAUGUAGUGGCUGAAGUUGAGGGGGAAGGCUGCCACAAACAUUGGCCACUCACACACAUUGGACACCGAGCCCUCCUGCAAUGUGCAGUCUGUGAGGCUACCCCUUAAGGCUUGGAGGUGGCGCAGAAUGCAGAAACUGGGCUUUUGUCAGGAGCUUCUCCUGUUCAGCAGGGCUCCUCUUUGCUGAGGUGGAUGCAUGGACACCUAUUAGCUCCAGGCUGUUUUUGCUACUAGUGCAUAAAACCCUAAACGCCUUGAGUCCAUGAGCUCCUCUCUUACCAACUUGCCUGGUCAUUGAGGACAUCGGAUGGCCUGCUCCUGGUGGUUCCACAUGGACCUGUGGCCUGAUAAGAAGGCAUCCAGAGAAGAGCCUUCAGCACAGUGGGUCCAUUUCCCUAGAACUCCCUGCCCCGCAUCUUACUGAUUUUGGUGCCUCCAGGAGUCUUUUUCUUUUCCCAGGAAGCCUUCCUGAUCUAACCAGUCAUGGUUUUAUGGGCAUUGUUUUAUCUUUAUUGUCCACUGCUCCAAAUCUCUCUAUGGGGAUACAGAGCAGUAUGCAAUCCUUAGGAAAUUAAACAAACAAACAAACUGCAGAACAGGACAUGCUUGCAGGUCCUGCAGAUCCUCUCGAUACAUUGCAUGGCAUGGGCUGCUGCUGUGCUGGAUUCCACCAGGACAGGCCCUGUCCUUCCAUGCAGCAGGGUACCGUGACCUGCUUCAGGUGGCACCAUGACCAUGGGGUAGAAUGCUGGAAUUGCAGGGCUGAAUGGUGCAGGAAGGGCUUUGCAAGAGUUUGCUCCAGUGGGGACGCUUCAGCCAACAAAAUGCCUUGAGCCAGUGUGGGUAAGAAAUGAAAAUGAAGUGAUGAUAACCUGGAAGAGUCCUGAGGAGAGGGCUGCAGAUGCAUACCAAGAACUGGAAGCAGGGAGACGCCUCCGUGGAUUGGAAUUCCAGAAGGGCUGGCAAGCGUGAAGGAGGUGCUUUGAAAGCUUUGGGAUGGAGAACAAGUGCCCUUGUGAUCAGCGUGCAUAUACUUCAGUGCCUGUUGAGCUGUUGAAGAGGGCCACUGGACCAAAGACCACACAUUACAGUUCUCCAGACCUACAUCUAGUUGAAUGCCCCUGGUUUAGUGAGCUUGGACGUGGUCUCUGUAGCUUGUGCUGUGGGCGCCCUGACAGUGUGAGGCAAGCCUGAGAGGCUGCUUUCCCUUUGCAGCUGGCCCGGUCUCUGCCUUGUGACUCCCACAGUGCAAGGACUGCUGCGAACACAAGAGGCCCAUUCUGCAGUGCUGCAGAGGGCAACAAAGCCCUUCAGAGAGGGGUCCUGCCAAUGCCAUAGUAGCAAGAGUGGCGUACACAGGCCAGCUUGGCACGUCCCCAUUCAUUUGGUCGAGUGACUCUUGAAAGGGUCAUCAGGGGCCAAGCUGCCCUGUCAUGUUUACUUCUCCUGGGUUCUCACCAGCAGUACCACCGCUGAACGGCACCCAGUCAUAAGGGCUGCAGCAAUGCCAUGCUUUACUCUCUGUUGCUAGUCUUGAAUAUUAAAAAUAGGAAUAUCAGUCCCAGGUUUGGUCCACUCCCUGAAAUGAUGAGAUUUCUUUGGUGGGGCAUCUUUGCUUAACAGUGAAUUCUCUUACAAACUGGAAAAAAUAUAUCUUGAUUUGAGUAAUCGUAGAUAGAAGUUGUUGGUUGCUAUAACAACAUGAGCAUAUCUAUUUGGGUGCUCACAUGAUCCUUGUUCCAGUUUCUAAAUAUAAGCCCAAUCUCACACAGUAUAUCUGAUGCCAUGGAAACCAAAUGUUCUAAAAAAGAUGCAGGAAGAACUAAAAUUUCAGCUAUAUGAAAAUUGAGGGUGGUGGGGAAAGAGGAGGUUCUGUCUCACCCUGAUAUUCGCCCCGCUCCCUAUCCCUGAUUAAUGCUUUCUCCGCUGUCUGUCCUCUCUUGGCUGCAGCCAUGAUAUUGUGCAGGGUCCCGUUAACAUGCCUGCUGGCCAGGCGUCAAGAGUGAGCUGGACAGUCCAGGGCAAUGCCCAGCUCCCUGGCACAGUUCGCAUCUGUAACCUCCUGAGGUGAGGAAAUGACAUGAAUAUUCAUGCACAGUGUUCACUGCGUGGCAGCGCUGAGUUCACAUGUUGUUGGAGGGUGGGCUGCCUUUGCUGCCGCCACUGCCAGUGAAUGAACCGAGACGUGCCCAUCCCAUCGGCCUCACCUCCUCCGCUCACUCCCUGCCAUCACUGCUUUGCCGCCCAAAGCACGGCAUAGGUGCACCGCCCAAGCAGGUACGUUGCCCUUCUUGCACGCUGCGAUCCUAGUUUCGCUCUCUGUCGUCUUCUCUCUCUGGGGUCCCUUAAGUGUGUGAUAUCAAUGCAGAACGUUCUGUGCCCCGGGAGGGAGAAGGCAUGGCUUCAGCACUCCUCAGACGGAAGGUCACAGCAGCUUUGAACAGGCUCGUGCAAACCUGCGUGCCCCAGUGAGUGUGGUGCCAUCCCCUGGCGAGUGGCCAAGCUUCUCCCGACUUUGAAGGCUCCGAGGUGGAUGCGAGUUAUCCAGGGGCUUGCCAGCUUCAGCUUCAGGAGGAAGACUGGAGGAUUGUGUGGCAGCUGUGCAGCUGAGCGGUGUAAGCCUUGCUUCUUUCUCCCAGUCUAAUAGUCUCACCAGCACUUAUUUGCCAAAAGUCUUUAUUUUACUUACAAGUCUCCACGUAUGCACAGACGCUGAACCCUCUCUGACAUGCUUCACCCAGAGCUUUCCUUAUGGAUCCUUCUGUGUCUGACCCUGCAGGGAGGAGCGUUGUGGAAACAGGCUGCCUGUGCUUGUCCCUCAGAGACCCCAGUCGGACCACCCUGCGGCUGUGUUGGCGGAUUAUCAGGUCCAGCUCCUUAGGAGGCUGGAGUUCCCCAUCCAAUAGACUCCCCCUCCCUCAAGACGUUGCUCUUCCCUGUUCUCAUGGGUGGGUUGACUGGGCCCUUCGGCUGCUUUUGAACUAAUCUCUCCCAUAGCAGGCACAAAUGGUAUGCAGCGCCUUGGACUGCACCUGAAUUGGGACCAUUUCAACACUCAUCUCAUCAUCAGAGUCUGAGCUGCCUGCCCUGCCAGAAGAGGCUGCUUCCCCUGCAUCCUCAGAUUCUGAGCUGUCAGCCCCACCAAAAUGGUCAUGCAAUCCUGAGGUUCACCAGAAAGCGCAUGUAUGACAUCAAGGGACCACACAGGGACAAACUGGCCCCCUCUUUUGCUCUGCAGAAGCUCGGGCUAUGGAGAACAACGGACACUGCUGCUGAAGGUGUUCACCAUGCCUUCAGGCAGCAGCACCCAGCAAAACGUACUGCUUGAGAUAAAUGCUGGCCAGGAGUUGGAGGCUUGAGAGGUGCAGGAGCGGCAACUGCAGUUUUUGCUUUGUCCAGCAAGGUGGAGCCUUGGCUUUGAGUGAUAGAUCACAGCAUCCAUUUUGAUUCAGAAGUAUUGUUUGUUUGUUUGUUCACCAAAUGAAAUCCAACGGAUUCGAUCGCACACUCAUAGUCUGCAGUACUCCUUCCUCCACGUUUCUGGUAUUGCUACUUUAAAAAUAAAAUGGAAAUUAGUUAAGUUGACAGUUUUUCAGUAUAGUCAUGCAAACUGGCUUCCUCUUGCAGCAUGCCAUGCAGUGUAGGAGUUUACUUACUCUGUUCUCCCUUUGUGUUUGUGGUUGGAAUUUUUUCUCCCUCCUCUGCAACUGCAGAUGGAAACAAUUUUAUACAUUGGGUCAUUUUAUAGAUUUCAUGGAUACAUGGAACUAUGUAGAAAUGAGUAACCAGGUGAUGAAGAGGUUUACCUGGUUUACAUAUUAAAAUAAUUUCUGUGGACUGUGCUUUGUUUACUUCAAUGUGCAAAGUCAGUGGCUGUUUUCACACAGUGCAGCAAGCAACUCUGCAUGGAAAUCAAGUGAUUUCUGCAUUAUUGUGGUUUCUAGCCUUCCUUUCCUCCCAUGUUGGCACAUAUCCCAUCAGCCACUAUGCCUGAAAUUCGAUCCCAAGGUGCAUCACUCCCUACCUAUGUUGUUUAUCUUUUCCUCAUUGGCCCACACAUAGAGCCUGGAUGGCUGGAGUUGCUACUCUUUCCAGGGUUUCCGUGGUAGUUGUGUACCAGAACCAUGGAAACCGUGAUCCUGAGUGUAGACAAUAUGACAAGCCAUGGUGAUAAGGGGAAACCACAAAACUAACCAUUGUUUCUCAUCGUUGUUUAUAAAGAACAUUGUUUUACCAUGGUGAAACGCCACUACUGGGCUCAGACAACAUGAUAGACCAACAGGAGCAUAAAACUACCAUGGCUUGUUGUAUUGUCUGCACCCAGCCACUCUGUGCCUUGCCUCUACUACAAAGCCAGAGAAAUAAGCCAUGGUUUGUUAUUUGAUUAUUGUUAGGGAAGCAGUAUGGUCCAGGGGAAAGGUCCGGCUUUGCACAUCAUACUAAACUACAAAAACAAAGGUCUGUAAUUUGUUUAGGCCAGGAAUCUUGAUCUUCUUUCAGCCUGAGGGUCAACUUCCAUUGCAGGAAAGCUGCAUUUCAGUAGUUAAUGGGGCCAAAGGCAAAAUUUCAGGGCACAAAAUACCCCACAUUCAAUAUAUAUUAACUUUAAAGCAGUUAAGCCUUAACAGAGGCAUUGACCCAAACCAAUCAAAUGAUUGGUGGUCAAGGGAAAGGGGAGGGGGCCAGGGAAAGGGGCUUGACUGCCUAGAGCUAUUUGAACCCUAGGUCUGAGGUUUUGAACAGCUGGUCCAGUGUCUUCUGCUGUGGCAGUAGUGACCGGACGAUGUUUAUAAGCACAGUGUUUACCAGCACAUCGUGACAUGUAUCCCUUGCCCCAUUCUCACUCGCUAAUGAGCAUAAGUGAAAAUAGUUCUUUCAAAUCGGAGAUGUGAUAGAGCCCGCUACGAAAAACCUGCACACGUGGCAAGUGUUCCUUUUCCCAUGGUCCCGUGCAUACUCGGUUGGUCUGUGCAGGCUGUUUUACGGUUUAUAUGGAACCUACGCUGAAUCUGCUAUAGGGCAGGCACUCAACAGGGAGCUACAAGCAAUCCCAGCUCUCUGAUAAAUGUAUCAGAAUGAUGUAUGUGUUCCAAACACCUGUUCCACUCAUGCUUACAAUUGUAGGUGUUGCAUUUUUAAAAACACCAUAACUUAUACAGCACAUAACAUGUGAAAAGGCCAUCAGACUAGCUGUUCUGGCUAUUCGCAAGAGAGUGCUUCUUGAGGGGAGAUACUGCCAUAGGAGGCCUAUAGAAUUUUGACCUUAUAGGUUUGCUUGUAGCCUUUGAUUCAGACUCUAUGAAACUUUUUCAAUCUGGACGUUCCAGAAAAUAUGCUCCCUUUGCAGGAAUUACGGUCCUGAAUGCACAGAUGUUUCCUUUCUAGGUCCCCUCUUUUCUAAUGGGAGCUUCCUGCUGAGUCUAAAUGAGAAGUGGUUUUUUCUCUGUUGAGCAAGGCUUGAACUUUCAUCAUGGAGGGGCAUCCUUCUCCGGAUGGAUCAGGAAGUCAUGUGAAGCUGUUUCCGUGGGCAACAUUAAUUUGAGGAUUCAGCAUAUGCCGUGCCAGUCAUCACCAUGGGUUCGCCGGUCAAACCCAGUAAAGCAAUGGUUGUGUAGAAAGAUGUAUUUUACCUUUACAAAGGGAGAUUUUUGUUGUUGUUUGUGUUGACUUUCUUAUGAAGAGCUAAGCUAAAAAUGUUGUCCUUCCUAGGAAGAACUAGAAUCCCAUGUCAAAAACUCCGGGCCAGAGAAAAUUUAGGCAACCAUCUUUAUGGUUCACUCACUUUUCAUAACUAUGACAAUUCAAACUUACUUUUUGCAAGGUAUGGGAUUUUCUUUUUUAUUUUGGUAAAGACUAGGAUAGAGGAAAGCAAGUGGAUGAUUGGCACCCUGGGGACAGAAGGUGCAUCAAAGAAGGUGGGCAGGCUUUGAGAGAUCAGAGCAAGGGCAUGCUUUUUACCUCUGCAAGUCCAGUUGAGUCCCCUCUGGCCUGAGAAACUGUCUUCAUAUUUUCAAGUUUUGCUAGAACAAAAUAACAACGGCAUAGGUUAACUCAAAUUGAUAACCCCUUUUUAUUUUACUUGCCUCCUUGCAUUUGUAUCCUCCAAGGAGCUGGGCAGGUAAUCUUAACAGCCUUGCCUGGUAGAAUAGGUUAAAAUCUAGUGACCCCAUCAGCCUCAACAACUGAUCAGGGAGUUGAAACUGGGCCUGCCUUGUCAAAAUCAGAAACCAUAUCCAAAGCAUCACACAUGGUGCUUAGUGCAACCUAUAGCCCUACAGGCUUCCAAGCUUCCUUAAACAAGCUAACAGCCAGUGCUUGGUUUGCUACAGAAAGAACAAAAUUCUCUCUGAGUGUCAAGAAAUUAAUUCCCCUAACCUGUCUCUUAUUUCGUGAGUGCCAGCAAUCUCCAGACCGCCCUCCUGGUCUUGACUUUCCACUUCCUGCCACAGGCACACGCUUCUUUUGCCCUCUUUUGCUUUGGUUUGCUCCCCUUUGGUUUGCCAUGUUCAGCCUCCUCCACUUUUCUCCCUUCAUGUGGGCAGAGCUCAGUUGCCAGGGGUCUUUCUCUCUCCACUUCCACCAACUCAGAGGCCUGUUGCCACCCAGUCAUGAUGGGUGUGGACAAAGGCACAGUGAGGGAUGGAGCCGCACAAGCCAAGGAGACCAUUCUGGCUCAAAAUCAAGCUGGCUGGUGAGGAGAACAGAUAGCAUGGUGGCAUCGUGGGGAUCUUUUGUGGGAGGGGUGCAAUAGUACCUGCAGGCCUUACCCUGGGGUUCUUAAGUGUAGUUAACACCUAAUGAGAGGGCAGUUUCUUUCCCUCCUUAUCCACUCCCAACAGUGUCAGAUUUGCAAAUGUAUACCCCAGCAUUGACAGCUGCAGUCAGGAGGCUAUUCCACAGCUGAAUGCUACUUCUCCUUACUUGCCUCUGCCUCACCUCACUUGGCAGGGUCAUCUGGAGCAGGAUAUCUGAAGAGGUUCUUCAAGUUUGAGUAGGUAUAUGCAGAAGCUGACCUGUUUGGUUUCUGUAAAUGGCAGAUGGGCAAUCUCGGCAGAUCUCAAAAGCUCUCACAUUUUUGGUGAUUUGGCCUUUGAGUUUCCCACCUGAAAUAGUAUACUAGAGUUGGGCAAUGUGUGACCCUCCAGAUGUUUCGACCUGCAAGCACUGUUGUCACUCACUAUUGGCUAUGCUGGCUACGGUAACGGAAAUUGUGGGCAAAAGCAUAUGAAAAGUCCCAAAAUGUCCACUGCUGUAUUACAAGAAAGUAGAUUUGGGAUAUUUGCUUUUGCUUGUUGUAUGGCUAAAAGAUGUGUAAUGAAAUGUGUCCUUGAUGAUAUGAUGGCAGUUUAUUUCCUUGAUACUGUUGCUUGAGUAGUUAUGGGAUAGAAUCAGCACCAGAAUUUGUUCAGGGAGUCAAUUCUUGGUUAUCUUUGUUGAGGACCCACUUUUGCUGGUAAGUAGCUGCUUCAUGUUGGACGGCUGUUUUUAAGUAGGGAGGGAGAAAAUGGGCUGCUCUGUCUUGUAGUUGUUCUAAAGUUUCCAGUGGAAAGGCACUAGAUGUUCGGAAUAUUUUACAGUACGCCAUUUGGGACUACUUCAUUUGGGACUUUGGGACUUUUUUAUGGUAUAAACACACAUUCCUCUUGUUUUUAGCUAGUACACACGGACCACUCAUUGUAUGGUGACAGCCAAGUAGAUGUUAAAGUGUGUUCCCCAUGGCGACCAUAACAAAUAAGCUGGCUCUUACUAACACCGGCUAUUUUAUAUUAAGUCUUAAUCAUGUUUUGGGUAUCUUCACAUGGCAAAAUUGGCAUGGUGACAAAGUGAUUGUGUAUUGAUUUGAUCCAGAAAAUGCCUGUGUUGUUUCUUCUGCCCAAAUGUCAGACCAUUCGAAGCAGGAGCAGGCAACCUCUCAGACCCAUGAGGACAUUUGGCAAUUUGAGAAAUUGUCCCUCACAAAAUAGUUCUCAUGGGAAGUGUUGCAAAGGACAAGUAGCUGGCUUAAGGACUGAACACAAGGAAGAGGGUGGGCUCUGGGCCCCCAACACAUUCAGCAACUCACUGGGGGCCAGUUUUCAGCACCAUCGGAAAGCAAUUUUACAGCAAUCCCAGCUGGCAAUAAAGGCAUGGACUUUUUUUCUUAAAAAGAUUGAAGAGGUAGAAUACCUUGUUGAACACCAGAAAUGGUGUCUUGCACUACACUGCAAUCUAAAACAAAAACAUUAAAAGCAUUAAAACACCAGAAGAAAGAGAAUGAUUGUCACUUGUUUAAAGCCUGGAAAAGCAUAGCUUUCACAAUAGAUUUCUAAAAUGUGGAGACUGUCACUAAUCACAAGGUACUGUUGUACAACUGUGUGUAUUUUGUGAAUGUCUGAAAUUAUGAUAUUCUAGCUAUUAUCUUUGCAACUACCCAUAGGUUAUUGUUUUCCUUCACCGGUCUACCGAUAUAGUAUCGUUAGCAUUCUCUGGACGUGUGAGGAAUUGUCAGCCUCCUGGUGUUGUUGAUGAUGACGAGUUCAAGGUUUGGACAGUCAGUGUAAUGCAAUAUACUUCUGAUGUGGUUGGAAUUGUAACAAAAGAGUGGUUAUGAUAAAAAGAUGGUUUUCUUGAGCAAAUGCACAUAUUUUAUUUAUUGCACCUAGCUGCAUGAAAUGGAUGGCAUGCUAAAUAUAAAAUCAGUUGUGAAGCAACUGACAGUCUUUCCCCAAAGUGUUGCUCAGCCGAUUAGCUUCCAAACCUUUUUCACAUGAAAUCGGGUAUUCUGCCAGGGCUGAAAUACUCCUUUCCAUUCCCCUUUGUGCAGCUGCUACUUUUGUGACUGCUUUUUUUCAUCCUUUCCUGUUACCCUCCUUUUUGUGUUUCUAGGAUUGUGAUUCCAACCAACUGGGGAUCACAGCAGCAUAAUACCAGCCUGGCUAUGUGAUGAAAUUAUGAAGUCAGUUCACACAGGGGGCAGAAAGCAGUGUUCCUGGUCUAGAUUCUGCUCUUGUUCACAACCCCCGAAAAACUGCAGAAAGAGGAGGCACAUGCUUUGUUGGGGCAAAAAUUACUCAGGGCUCCUCCCCCUCCCUUCAAGUCAGCAUCAAGAAGUACAGCUCAUCCUAUAUGUGCCAGAUCUGACAUUCUCGCAGUGCCUAUGUGUUUUCUGAAAUGGCUUUAUUUUCGGUGCUGAAUGCAAGUUAGGUCAAUCUGCGUACAAAGGGUUGACUUGAUAGAGGUUCAGGGAAAAGAGUUCCUCAGAGAGACAGAAAAGGGACACAGAAGGUCAAACAGUUUGGGAUUGAACCAAGAGAAGCUUGUCAAAGCAGUCCUUGUUUGUCCUGCCUGUGUAUGGAGAGCACUUGGUCAAUGGCACAGACCCUCGCUUUGUGCUCUCCAUCACCUACGCAGACAUUUGAAAGCUGGCAAGGGAAAAAGCUUUCCAGAAACUUCACAUCUGGAAAGCCUCUAGAAUGGACCCCUUUGAUUUCCCAAGAACAAAAUCAAGUGAAGGGAAGUGCUGAAGUGUGUUGACACACAAAGAACAACCCUUGCAGUGGUUGUUCUUCCUCUGAGUUUUAACAUUGAGCACUGGCUCUUUACUUGCACACAAAGAUCAGAACAGACACUGGGUAGUUUCCCAGCUCAUCUCACAAAGAGGGAACAAGUCUUUGAGCAGCUCUGGUUUGCACUUAAUGUCUACAAAGGACUUGGCAAAAGCACCCAUGCUGUCUGUGCUCAGCCUGUGCAGUGCUGGAUCCUCGACCGCGGGAUGGUGACCUUGUUGCAGUAGGCUCCAGCAGAAACCUAGGAAGGCCAUUCCGCAAGUGGGAGAAGAUUCUCAAAAUGGCCACCUACCACCUGGCUGGCAGAGCUAUAUGUCCCCCCAGGGGCGAAGAUACUACGUGAACACCUACACCAAUGAGACCACUUGGGAGCGGCCAAGCAGCGUGCCUGGGACCCCAAAGAGCCCUGUGACACAGAAGAAUUCCUUGCCUACAGUGAAUGGAUAUCACAUACCUGGAACUCUGGUACCCCAGCUAGAACCAAGCCACAUGAGUCUCCGCAGGGUUGGCAGUGACACCCAGAGUCCUGGGUCCCCAUCCCCUACUCGAAAGCAGAACAAGGAGACUACCUUUACGAUAAACUGCGUGACUUUCCCCCACCCUGACGCAAUGCCAGAACAGCAGUUGCUGAAACCUUCUGAAUGGAGCUACUGUGAUUAUUUCUGGGCUGAUAAGAAGGAUCCACAAGGAAACAGCACCGUCUCGGGAUUUGAAAUUCUUCUGCAAAAACAACUGAAAGGAAAGCAAAUGCAGAAAGAAAUGGCAGAGUUUAUUCGAGAAAGGAUAAAAAUUGAAGAAGAAUAUGCCAAGAAUUUGUCCAAACUAUCACAAAACUCCCUGGCUGCCCAGGAAGAAGGGACACUUGGAGAGUCUUGGUCUCAGCUGAAAAAGAGCCUGGCUGAUGAGGCGGAGGUUCAUCUCAAGUUUUCCUCCAAGCUCCAGGCUGAGGUGGAGAAGCCCCUACUGAACUUCAGAGAAAACUUCAAGAAAGACAUGAAGAAGUAUGACCAUCACAUUGCUGAUUUGAGAAAACAGCUGGUUAGUCGGUAUGCUGCUGUAGAAAAGGCCCGGAAAGCAUUAUCAGAGAGGCAAAAGGAUUUAGAGAUGAAAACACAGCAGUUGGAAAUAAAACUCAGCAACAAGACAGAAGAGGAAAUUAAGAAAGCCAGGCGGAAGUCUACUCAAGCUGGAGAUGAUCUCAUGCGCUGUGUGGAUCUGUAUAAUCAGGCUCAGUCAAAAUGGUUUGAGGAAAUGGUGACCACCUCUCUGGAACUUGAAAGACUAGAGGUGGAGAGAGUGGAGAUGAUUCGGCAGCAUCUCUGUCAAUAUACACAGCUGAGGCACGAGACAGACAUGUUCAACCAAAGUACAGUAGAACCCGUGGAUCAGUUGCUUCAGAAAGUGGAUCCAGCCAAAGACAGGGAACUGUGGGUAAAAGAACACAAAACUGGCAAUAUCAGACCUGUGGAUAUGGAGAUAUAGACUGCUAUUCCUGGCUGUACAUGGUGGGCUCCUUGGCACAGCCAAGUUCGAGGGAGUUCUGUGACGCCUCCAGAGAAGAGGGGCAGGAGAGACAUUCCGCUGUCAGCUUCCUUAUAUAUUUAUUAUUGCCUGUAGAAACACUUUCUGUCAUGUUCGAUCAUUAUUUCACUUCCUAUUGUGCUAUGCCUUAAACAUCCAACAUUCCAGGGUUGAGAAGCCGCUCUUUUUCCUUCCUUGCAAAACAGGCACGCAGCAGCCAAGUCUGCACAGCUCUUGUGAUUUACUGCUGGGCCUGUUUUCUGGUACAAAGAGAGUUUUGCUAUUCUGUGAUUAACUAUUUUGUGCUCCUCCCCUUGCAUGAUGCUUGGUUUUGUACAGUAACAGUUCAGUUACGACAAGCCUCUGCCAAACACAUGGACUGGUGAAUCUGAAUGUGAUUCAGGAAGCGGGGAGAUCCUCCUGGAUGCUGCCACUUCACCAGGUGGGAGUGGGGAGCGGGCUGCAAAAACAACUCCCACCUGCCCUUGCCCUUCAUGAAAUGAAGCUCAGAAGGCAAACCUACCUCACAGGAGCGUUGUGAGGAUAGCCGUAAAACCUGCAUAAAACUAGUUUGAGUAAUGAGCCUUGGCUCCCAUAACUGCAAACACGAUUGUGAGUCUGUGGUGUAAAGAAGGACAACGAGGUUGUGAGUAAGGAGGCAGUAAACCCAAAGGAUGCCUGGGUUGGCCAUCUUGCACACUCCCUCUCAGGUGCUCACUGGCUUCAGUCCUCAGGCCACUUACUCGCACAGUCCUGUGACUUAUGCAGGGAGUAUUCUAAAAAAUUGCAGCCAUUGUCCUGUGGCAGAACAGUGGUGCCCUGCUGAACAGAGAUGACGGCCGCUCUUGUUGGGACCAUGGCUUGCCGCGCAUACUUUGCAAAGAACCUUUGAAGGCUUCCCUUGGAAGACUAACCUAGUCCAGGUGAGCUAAAGCAGUGUGUACUCUCCACCAAAUAACUUAGCAUUUAUAGGCUACAGAGGGCAGGGCUUUCUAGCCAGUGAGUUGCCCGAAACGUAGAUGCAUCUAAUGAUCUUCCCUCAUCUUUCAAAGAUCAGCACACUUGAGACUGCAGCAAAAUCCAAGUGCAGCCCAGUUUGUGGGCAAGACGCAACAUGCCAUUGGCUCUUGCACUUCUUUGGCAACAGUUUUAAAGUGCUGUGGUUUUUGAGCUCCCUCGGCAGCCAUUUUAAAGAGUGUUUCAUUUUACAACAGCCUUCAGCCCAUGCUCAGUACUUACAGAAGACUGUGCAGCUCUCCGCGUGGGGUGGUGGCCAGAAAUCGCCCCAGGAGAGUCAGAGUGACUGAGUCCAGCCAAAGAUGCAGUGUAGAGCUAGUUGUUUUCGGCUGUUUCACUGAAUUUAAGAGGGGCCUGCAAGGCCUAAGCAAUGGAUCUUGAGCUCCCACAUGUUGAGAGCUGUUGGAGGAGAACCACUGCGUUCUUUGUCCCCACCCCUCCUUUCUUCAUUUGUCUUAGUCUUGCCUUGGUGUUUAUAUAAAGCAAAUAUUUACUGUGACUUAUCAGAUUCUUUUCAUUUUUUGUAUUGCCAAGUGUUUUGUUUGAUCAGCUGUCUGAAGCAAAUGUGAGGCGUAAAUAGCCCUUUAUUUCUUGUAUUUUCUGAAUUCUUUUUCUGCAGUGCAUUCAUCAAUAGUAUGACUGGAUUUCUCAACAUCACCCUAUUGGUCAUAACCUUUUCCACUGCCAAAGUAGUGCUUUUGGUUUAAUUUUUGACUGAGGAUAAGUGUGGCAGGUACAAUUUACGGGGGGAAAAGGGGAGAGGGCAGAGGUCCCUUCUGCUCGCUUUCUUGAUACUUGCACCAAAGGAAGUCAUCCCGACAAGCUCUUCCAAUUAGUUUUAACACUAGCUUUAACUCAUUUGAGUUUUCUUAUCUGCCAUUCCUUUUACUACAAAUGCUUUUUUUUACUUCUGUUGUCAUCUCAGGUUUAUAAUAAGAAACAUACUUCAUUUUUUCCAAGAAUCUGACCAUCAAGCUUGCAAAAAGUACAAUUUAUCCUGUUGGUACGUCUGGGAAAAUUGUGACUUGGGUAGGUAACAGCAUUAAGGAGACUGUAAAGGCAUCCAUUCAAUUCCUUUUCCUGUUUCUCAACUGGAAUCACAUUCCCAUAUUCUGUGCCACCUUCAUUCUCCAGUGCAUCCUUUAGUAGCUUUCCUUUAAUGGCAAGGCCUUUCCUGACUUUUCUGCAUGUCACAGUUUAGCAAUCUAUGCCUCCCCAGAUGAUAUAGGCCUUACUUUCUAAUUCAUUUUCCUUCAUUUGUCUUCUAAGUUUCAACCAACAUAAGUGCAACUGCUAGCGCAAAUUGCCAAAAAUGUUACACCAUCCCCUCCCAAAUUAUAUCUUAGAACUAUCCUCUAAGUAUAACACUCAAUGGUGCCUGACUGCUUUUGUUUUCCCGUGGCUGCUGAUUUCUCCUUUUUUUAUAUGUCGAUCCACAGCUAUUAUCCUCCUUGUGGUUGGCAUGUUUUUCACAUUUUCGCUCAGCAAGAGCUCCAGAGAAUAGCAGCACCACAAUGACCUCUGCUCUACCAUUCUCACAUUGAGAAGCCACUUGAUUAAAAGUUCCCACAAAUACUGCUAUAGGUCUCUCCUGUGACAACCUCUGCCAGGGCACGACAGAAUCUGCAAUAUGAUCUGACAAUUUUCUCACUAUCUUAAUCUGCCUUUCCUGUUUCAGCUCUAAGCGCCCUUUCAUUUAAGUCAUGAUUAUAAUUUUAAUGCUUUCUGUGUGUCUGGUGAGAUAGCUCCGGGUAUCAGUGGCAGGAGACAGAGAUAUCUCUGCCUUCAUAUUACUGAUAACAGGUAUGGUUUGAAAUCCAUUCAUUCCUCUUCUGUUCCCAAGCCCCACUCCAAAGAUUAGCUUAGGCCCAUCAGGGAAGUAUACAGUAAUUCUAUAUGCAUUCUGUGGAGGUGUCCUUGUUUCAUCUUUGUUCUGGAUUGGUGCAUCCCUUUCCGUUAUCCUCUUGAAAUACAUUCAGCUCUUAGAUGGUAUGACUCAGUUCUAUCAGGUUCAAACCACCAAUGCAGCCCUCUAGCAACCUUUUUAAUUUCUUCUCCUUGAUACUAAGGAUCAAAGUAAGCGCAUCACAGUAACUUUUCCUUGCCUGCUGCAUGUAAAUUUUGAAUGAACAAAAAGCUGGCCUUCCCGGCAGCCCCCCAUUAGUAUUGCCCUGCUCUGCAAAACCAGAAUCCACCCACAAUUGUCUUUCAUGAUAAAAGAAACUUCCUCAGGGAAAGCAGUCACGGAACUAAACCUAACAUGUAGUUUCACCAUGACUAGAUCAUCUUUUAGGCAUACUUAUAUAUUCCUACUUUAGCCUUUUCUCAGGAACCUUCUCCUGUUGACUUGCUUUGUGAGUUCUGUUUUGUCCUAGUAAAGUGUCCAUAUCUAAACUUAUCUGGCUCCAGAAGUUAGAAUAACAAGUGCUAUACAAUUUUUUUCUUAAAAACUUGUGGCAAUCAGCAUGCCAAUGGGGGCUCUUUCUCUGUACUUGAAGUUCAAAACCUACUUACCUUUUCAAUUUGGCCCCUUCAACAGCUGUUCCCAUUGCAAGGGUUUUGUUCAUGGAUUUUAUUGCUUUUCCAGCGUCAGUUAUUCUUACAUUCCUGCCAUUACUUUCUUAAGUAUUAAAAAAGACAUCUGCAGUACGGCUUAAUGAUUAUGGGGUGGUUUGUAAUUGCUGUUCAUGCUCCUUGCUUUAGAGAAUUUUAUAUCAAUUCAUAUUUAACUUGGAUUUUAAUUAGAUUAGCCAGACACUAACAGCCAGGUUUUGUUAAAUCUGGUUUCUAGUUCCUCCGUCUCUUUGUCAUUUUACACAGCACUCAUUCCUUAAAUGCAUUGAUUUGUUCUUCUUUCUGGUUCCACAAGGAAGAUUUUUAUUGUUUUGUGAAGAUUUACUUCUUAACCUCUCCAGUUUAUAUUCUUAGAAAAGACAAGUUGUAGGAAAAAGUUAUCCAGAGAGAGGUAAGCACAUUUUGAUGACUUACAGUAAUUGUCUGUAAUAUGACAGAUACCUGGAACCAAAACUUUGGAUUGUAUUACAGUGCAGUUCCAUGCAAAUCGCUGAUGAGUUAAAUUAUGGAUCCGUACGUGUGUCAAAUGCUCCCUGCUCAGCAUUCCCUCCCAUCUACCCAUCUUCAUUUCCCAUUUUCUCCAUCAUCGAUGAGUUUCCCGUGCUUACUGAGCAUGGCCAGUCCUCACUGGGCUCGUUUGGGUUUCCUUCCCCAGACCCUGAGGAUGUACUUUUGCAACCCUUGAAGUUCGCCCAGGCCUAGGAUCUGGUCCACAUGUGCGUGGGUGGAGCCGUUCGAGCUGCAUCCGCGCCAGCUCUCAAAGCAGUGGGAGCCCUGUCAGUAUGGGAAGGUGCCAUGCACAGAGCAGUGCUUGCCCUUUACUGGGGCUCUUCUGGGGCUCUUGUCUGUCUGUGUUGGCCUCUUUGGCACCGGCUAGCACAUCAAGCUCCUCUACUGUGCCUUGUCUUAAUGGGACCUGUCAAGGAGAACUCCAGUCCUGAUUUUCAGGAGCAGGCAGUAGUUCAGGCUCUUCCAUGUGCUAUACACCAACCAGAGCUUGGUCAUGUCUCACAUAACCUCCACUCUGCCCCCUGAGAUCCGUAUAUGCCAGUCUUAAUUGUAGGCAUACACAAGACUGUUAUUGUCACCCUAAGAUGAUUUUAUAAUGAGUGGGUUGGACUAAAUGAAGGCCCAUUAGUCCAUUGUUGAAUCAGAGUCCAGGAAUUUGUUUUUACACUCUGAAUAUUUUUCCCUAGAUUCUUUCGCAUUCUUACUCUUUUAGGCAGGCUAUGAAUAAACCUAAGCACAGUGCUUGUCUUCCAUGCCAGGCAUCCUUGUGUAGCUACCUACUGCUGCUAUACAUUAAGCCCGCCACUUUCUUUUCCACUGGGGACUCCCUUAAAGUAUUCCUAAAGUCUCCUUGGCUUUAUUCCAGGGCACACCAGAUUUGUUUGCCAUCUGCACAUUUUCCUGAGACCUGCUCUGCCCUUUUAGAGUGCAGUCCUGCGGGUUUCUUCAGAAGCAAGUCCUGCUCCAAGAAGUGGGGCUUACACUCCAGUUCAUGAGUACAGGAUGGCAGCCUGAACAGCUGAAAAAAGCACUCCAUGCUUUUCAUAAGUGCAAAGCCUCCCAAACAAGGCCUGCUAAAUUCCUGAGGUGACACCCACUGCUUCAAUGGCAAUGGGAGAUUCUAAGCAUUCAGGGCCUUUUCAUAUGAUUCCAGGGCUCCUACUUCCCUGCAGCAGUGAAGAAACCAUGGGGAAAUUCUGACAUUCUUCCAAUGCACCUGUUCAUCUGUCAUUUACUACUUUCUUCAUGCAGCCAAGUCUUUUGCCAGCUAUCCAACAUCUGUAGAGUGUGAAUUGAGAAGGGAAGGCAAAUUUCUUGCUAUUUUCUCUCAAAGGCAAUGCAAACUUUUUCAGACUUUCUUGACAUUGCUACUGAAACUGCCAUCUGACAAUGUGUGCCAUGAUUAGCCAGGCUCUGAAGUGAGAACAGCAUGGAAGGGCAAUCAUAGGGAUGGCUGUGAGCAUAGCAGAGCUUGCAGCAAUUGUCUUCUUUAAAAGUGGAGCAUGACCAUUGUGUAGAAGGCCGUAGAAUGAUGAUACAAGAGCUGGGGAACAGCUAACAGGCAACCAUUUUGAAGGGAUCAGAGGGCCAAAAUGAAGGACUGUUCCAUUCGCCCGUGCAGUCACUUCUCAAGAAACGUUUGGAGCUCAUAUGGCUUAAAGAAAGAAAAGGAUUUGGCAAAUUCCUAUGUGACUCAUGGUGAUUGGCACUGUUAGAUACACACUCUCUUGUUCAGCACCAGGAUAGAUUUCUUAUUUUGGUAUAUGGAAGCCAUUGACCAAGGAUGGAUCCAUAUUAUUUGCCUCGUUUUGUUCCCAUUUCCUCCUAUAGGUCCAAGAGCAGACACUCAGGAUACUGAUCAUUGUUCUAAACUUGCUUAAGAGGUGAUGAUAUAAGGCCUGCUAUUGGUUCCCUCCCCCAUUUGCUUACAAAUCGAUUCAGCCAAAAAAUGGAUUUUGGAGAGCGAAAUUCUGCAUGGGCUGUUAAUGUACUGUGCAGGAAGUGUAGCUUAUAGGCAGGACUUCCAGGAGCAGCUGGACCUGAGACCUGCAGAAAGCUACUUAUGUGAGGGAGCCUGGUGGUGGAAUCAGAAUUACAACCCUGGGGUACCCAGGGAGGGGAAAUGACUGUUAGAUUGGCAUAAAUCUGUAGUGCAGAUUUGGCCUUGAUAUCGAAGCGUCGGUGCUGGCAUAUAAUAUGGAUAAGGCUAUGUGAAUAGUGUAAAUAGCUAAAUUCCUUGCAGUCCAAUAGUUUUAGCUCAGCUUCUGUCCAGCAACAGGCAUCCAUGCAGUGGUUCCAUGUACUCAGAGCUGACUGGUGCUUGGCCAGAGAGCAGCCAAGAGUGAUUGCAGAUGGCGUUCUUGUUGAAAGGAGCUGGAUAACUAGCUGACGUAUUUUGGAAAUUUCCCUUUGAGUAUGUGGAGAGCCCAGAGGCAGAAAUAGCCCUUGAGGUCAGCUCAUAUAGUCCACAAGACCCAAUAACUAGGGUGUGUGAGAGUGGACUUUAACACUCAGCGGCACAGCAUGCAGUUGUCAGAUUCUCCAGCAGUCGGACUAGCACUCAGAUGUGGUAUUAGCUACGCAGAGUGCCAGAAGGUGGCACCAACACGCAUCACAUACUGCUGAUCUUGCAUGAAUUUUCCUUGCUUCACUUCUCUGUGAAUCUCCCUUGCGUUUCAUCAAAGCCAAUCAGCCAAAGUAUUUGUAGCCCUAACGGGUGUGUAAAAUCUUCUGCCGUGGUGCUUUGAGAGUCUUCUGCUAUCAUUCCCUGAGGAGAAAGGAUAUAGUUCUUUGGUUCUCAAACUGCCAUAAAACAAGACCCCAAAAGGCUCUCCCAUAUGCAGAGGACCUAGCUCUUGGGACAAGCUUUUUUGAGGCAGUGACGUUUCCUGGUUAGGAAACUAUAUAACUAUUGCUAUAUGCCUCAGAAUACACCAUGGAGGCCUGAUUCAGAUGACAAACCACUUUUUGCAUGCUUGCAAAGGUAGUUUCUUCCUCCUGCUGCUGCAGGAUACUUCCAACUUUAUCUGGUCAGACAUGGAUGUUCAUGUCUCGGUUUGUUUAGGAAUGUCAAGGGGUGAUACACAACAGCUUACAGUGCAAUCCAGAAACCGUGCUAUUGAUUUCAGCAAGAUGGUGAUCUCACCAAUGCUGUCUAGGUCUUUAUUCCUUCCUGAGUCUUUACAGUAUCAAAUGUUGUGCAAGCCUAGCCAGAUACCCUCAUUCUAGUAUUUGCACCAUAUGAAAAACAGUGUAAUGAAUUUUUGGUGGUGAUGGUGGUGUGGAGGAAUCAGGGACAUAGAGAAUUGGAAAUUUAGAGAAACCAUAUAAAAAUCAGAAUAAAAUGAGGUCAAACUGCUUCUUCUGUGGAUUAGACACGGAUUGGUUUUCACACUAAAGUUCAAAUGCCAGGGGAUUUUGGGUACCAAUGCCAAAAUAAUCUCUCAGAGUGCAAUCCUGUGCUUGACUGCCAGGGGUUCCAUUGUUUUCAGCCAGAUGUGCACCCUGGGAAGUAUGUGUAGGAUUGUAGCCUUAGAGGAAUACCACUCCAGAUCAUUAGAUUUUGCAUUUCUGAGAUCAGAAUCCACUGUGUGGAUUUUUAGAAUUUAGAAUUAUAGGAUUUUUAUAUAAGAUUUUUUAUAAAUUCAAUACUAGUAGAAUAUCAUAUACCAGCCCAUCAGAAAAUGUGUAGAAUCUUUCUUUUGCCUUUAAACCUUGGCAAGUUUAUAUCUGUGCACUUCCUUCCAUGAGAGUAUUGCUGAAAGAGGUGCUCUUUACAGUCAAUCAGAUCAAACAUGGCAGCAUUAGAGCAACACAGGUGUGCUCCUCGAAUGAACCUGUUACUUUGUCUUCCAAGUGAUGCUCAUGGAGGGUGCUUUGAAUGUGAACCGUGAAUGUGUUGUGAACAUUUUGGUUCUUCAGGAUUUAUAGAACGUGACACCAGUCAUGCUAUUCUCUCAGUAUUCUUAGAUCUUUGGAUCCUAGUGCACAUUCAAUAAUGUUAGCAGAGUAUCUUCAGAGGUUGACUGCCUAGUUGCAGUUCUUUUUGGCAUGCCUGUGCAAUAGCCUGACUGUCUAUUGCACAAAAGCGACUGUGGCUGCAAUCUAGUGCAUUUAAGUGAAUUUAAUUCCCGCUGUAGUCAGUGGAACUUGCAGCCCAUGCCUGUUUACCCAGAAGUCCCACUGAGUUCGAAGCAACUCAUGCCCAAUUAAGUAUGUUUAGGAUUGCGACUGUGUGGAUUAUGCUUGAAUUCUUGCAACUAGAGUCUUCUGUAUCUUUCCAAAAUUGCUCCACACUAGAAUUUCUGCUACCUGGUCCUUAGUCGCACAUCUUUCUGAGUUAUCUGAACUUGCUGUGUGUCUCCUAUGUUAGAACAACCUUCUGAAAACAACAUUCCUUUUUAUCCCAGCUUGUUUUCCCAUACAUUCUAAACUACUCACAGACUAUAGAGGUAAAGAAAUACAAUUGUAUUCAUUUUCAUGAUCCAAGAAAAAAAAUUGAAACUGCAUGAUAGAUUUGGAGGGAAAAUCUGGCCAACAACUAGCAAUCCUCCAAAGCAGUUUUUUAAAAUGGCAUUGCCUAUCUGAUCUUUUUAGCCUGUACCUUUUACUAAACACUUUCUAAAUUUUUACAGUAAAAUGUGUCUUCUGCCAGCAGUAAUGGCUUUGAACUUUUUAAUACUUUGCAGCAAAUUUUUGACUGAUUAGACAUUUAAAAACCUAAUUCUACUGUAAGCUCUGUGUAUGAAUAACAGCAGUGAGCCUUUAAUCAUUGUGAAAACUAUUAAUAUGGCCUUUUUUGGUUUGUUUGUUUGUUUGUUUGUUCUUUUUGUUCCCAUGCAAUUGUAUGACUAAAACACUGCAGCUGAAGAGGUAAAUGCUCAUUAAGAUUUAAGGGCCAUGUUGUCAGUUCAGGUAUGUUUCUUAAAUGUUAAUGUCAAUGGAGUUGCACUGAUAUACCCCAGCUAAAGAUCUAGCCCUUAAAUGUUGAAGGUAUUUGCUAUACAACUUUUCCAUCUUAUGUACAAACAUUUCCAUAAAUUUGUAUUUUCCUCUAUUUUAGCAAGUUUGUAUUAUGCACUUGAAAAGCUUUGUUUCAUCUCAUGUAAAAUAAACUGUACAGUCCAUUAAA